CAUCAAUCAUCAUUAUACACAAAACUUUAUCAUAUACUUUACCAAUUUUUUAUUUUUUUGACAUUAUCAGCGAUUAUUCGAUACAACCUCGCUCUUUGUUAUUCUUCUAUACUAAUACGAAAAUAUUUGUUUAAUAUGUAGAUCACAUCCCAAAUUAAAAUCAAGCACUCUUAUCUGUUUCAUCUCAUCUUCAGACUUACAUUCUUCUUCGUCGGCACAUCGGAUUUCAAUUAUACACACACGUAUCUGUAUGUAUAUUUAUUAGGAUGUUAGUAUAAACAUUUGAUUGUCAAGGCACAUGGAUGGGCAGAUUAGUAAUUCUCAUGGUGAGCAUGGACGCUUCGAACAAAUCCUUUCUCAGUUUCUUCUGAAAAGCUUGCACAUUGUAUUGGACUCACGAGUUCCUACAAUUCAUCCUUAUAAUCGCAAAAAUGAUCUGUCACUGGGAGCUCAGGCGAAAAAGAGUGACAAAUGGUUCAGCUUAGUGUUAGGGGAUCGUCCAGCUGCUUUAGAUAAUCUGAGUUUCUGGCAUAGAAAUUUGAUGGAUCCUAUGAUAAUUGACAUUAUACUUGUCCAAGACGUGCCUAAUUAUCUGUCACAGCCUUCACCAAAGGCACAAGAGGAGACAGUUAUAGAGAGGUGGAUUGUUCAGUUUGAGUAUGUUAGGACUACAACUCCUCAAGGUGGAGACUCUUCUGCAGCUUAUAAGAAAACAUAUAAGAAACUAAUCAUCCUUCUACGUUCUCUUUUUUCAAUGAUGAGGCUUCUUCCGGCACACCGAGCCUUCCGUAAGUUAUGUUCAUCUAGCAAGAGUUGUGAUUAUGAUAUAAAUUACAAGGUCUCUUCCUUUAGUGCUCCGUUUUCAAGGUCGGAGGAAGAACUAAUGAAGCAAUAUAAUUUUAGUCCAGUUGAAGCACAACAAGGUUGCUUUUCAAUAUCGGUAACAUAUCGUGAAAGCCUUUCCGACUUUAACUUGGAGACUUCUGCAUUGUUCCCACCACAGAUUAUUUCGGAUUAUGUUGGGAGCCCCGCGACAGACCCGUUAAGGGCUUUCCCUUCCACAGGAAAGGGUGUCUGUGCAACAUCCUUCCCAUCUAGAGGUUUUCAAUCAACAUCAACACAUUCUGAACGCCCACACAGCUGGACAAGUGGCAUUCACAGAGGAGCUUCUUUACCGCAUAAGCAACCCCUUAGUGGAUCCCCACCAAUAUAUCAAUCUAGUGGUCGAAGUGAUUUAUCUUCGUCCCCGACUGAUGUAUAUGGUCAUAGAAUUCCAAACUAUAGAUUGCCGAAUCACUACAAAAAUAAUAAUUUUGAUGCUUACCAGCUCUCACCCCCAUUCUCACCAUCUACUUCUCCAUCUCCUCCAACACAUCUUACUGGUGGAAAUUUCAUGCAAAGUCGACUACGAUCAGAGACUUCUCCUGUAAGUAUUCCACAUCCAAUGCUGGGAAGGAGCCCAAGGUAUCUCUCUCCCAAUCUGUCUGACACGAGUAGGCAUUCACUUCCUCCGCUAUCCCCUAGAAAUGCAAAGCAUGAUUCUUCCUCACAAGAGUCUCCAUCUGGAAUGAGGUCGUUGAGAAAAUUAGACUUAUCAAAGGCAGGGGAGUUGAAUUCUGGAAUGCCAAUUUCAUAUACUGGUCAAAAGUUGUCAGGAGAUACCAAAGACGACUCCGGGAGGUUCUCAGGUUUGCUCUCUUCUAGUGGUUCCCCGAGAAUUGGAUUCUCGAGAAGCUCUAGUAGAAUUUCUUUCCCGGAUGAUUUGGAUGAUUGUGACUUCUCGUGUCCUUUCAUUGUGGAUGAUGUUGAUACUUCUGAUCUGCAAUCCAGUCAAAAUCUUGGUGUAUCAAAAACUUUAGAAGUUAGUUCUCAAGUAAUCUCAACAGCUAGGAAGUCACAUGAUGCUGCUGUCGGUGCACUUGUUCACAUGUUUAGAACAGCACCUCCACUGCGACAAGAUUCUAGUUGCUACUCAUCCAGGUCAAUGAAACAAGAAAUUGGGCAAGGGGCUGGAUCUUCAUCUGCGUUCUUCCUGCCUAGAAAAACAUCAGAUGCACUGGAAGAGCUCAGGGCUUACAAAGAUAUGAAAGAACUUCUUCUUUCUAAGAGCGCUAGAAUGGCUGCGAAGGAGGAAGCUUAGUUGUGCUCAAUUUGGGAUGAAAUGUUUCUUUCAGGAUGAACUCCCAAGGAAUAUACUGGAAAAUAGAAAUGAUUGUUUGGUUCUAGCAUCUAGAUACAAAUCCUCCGGCAUAUUUGAAUCUAAAUUACGAAAGUCGUUUCUCAGAACAAUCUCUCAACAGGCUGUAUAUAUUACUACUAGACAUGCUUGACAGCUACCAAAUGAAAUUACUCAAUAUUAAGCAUCUGUUCUAGCUGAA